AUGGCAAACACAUACAAUACCACAGUCUUUGCGCUAAGACGUCUUAGAUUGACUCCCCACGUCAAUUGGAAAUGGGAUGUCGAUUACACGGCACCAUUGGCAGGACUUCCUCAGGUCAUAGUACCAAUUGGUCAAUAUGAAUACGUCUCGCGCAUUACCAACGCCCUGGAAAAGUUACCCAUUUCUGUAGCUGUUAUCAGCGCACGAGGAAGCGAGAUUGCCAUAUUGAAGUUUCUGGAGGAGUUCCUAAAAUCGGAGCAUCUUCCUCUAUCAGUGGAAACCGGGCGUUUCGCGUUCUGAUCGAUUCUCAGCUCGCUUGCACUACCAGUCAAGUUGCCGGCAUUCGUCGGUUCUCUCUCAUUUUGAAAUUGUGCUUCUCGAGGAUUAUUGGGCAUGCUGACACAUUUCUAUCGGAGGAUCGAAUCUCCUCGUAUCAAUGUUGUACGAGAGUAGAAUGCAGGCACGAUAGAUGCCCAUGGGAUGUCCAGAUACCCACAUCACGUGAUAUAUACAACCUCCAUUUGUACCUAGGUAGCCCUUACACUAGGCUUUUUUUGUGUCACACCUUAUUGAUAACAACCGUCGAUCACACUGCUCCCCCAUUAUUGAGUGGUCUACACGUAUUUCAUGCAUGCAGAGCUGAC